AUUUACCAUAAAAAAACCGCAAAUUCACCCCGAAAGCCAAUGAGAGAGUGGUGAAUCAUGAACAAAUGUCAUGUGGCUGUCAGUGUCAGUGUCAUAUAAACGAUAACUGACCAAAAGUCAACCUGUCUAGACGUGUAAUAUCUAUAGGUAUUCCUUUUGCACAUGCCCCCUUUUUUUUAGAACAAAAACGGCGACGAGGCGCAACGAAAACCGGCGAUGACUGUGACAUGUGGUGUAUGUAACUCCAUCUGUCGGUUACAACAAAAGCCACAGAGUAGGUAUAAUAAUUGUGUGAAUCACAUUUAAGUAUAACUAUAACUUGCGGAAUUAUAAGUUUCUACAGUUUUAUGUGAAAAAUUACGAUUGUGACAUCACUUGAAAAUUAUAUGGAGCAUUGGCGCGCGGCAGAGCGCAUUUUUACUGGUGCGCAGAUGUGUCACCAUUAAUAAUACAAUGACUCUAUAGAGCCUAUAUAGAGAUUGUAUAGAGUAGAGAGAAAGCAAAUAUAAAACUCAAAACGUGUAAAAAGAGUUCCAUGAUGAUGAUAUACAAACGAUCCGAUUCUGAUUCCAUUGAAUCGUGCGCCGCUUUGUCAUUUUCAUUUAUUUCUCUAUCUACACUAUUCGCCAGCAGGGCCAGACCUUGGUCAACAAUCUCUGAUGUACUGUAUCUGACAGAGCCAUAUUCAGAAACUCGCACACAUUUUCAAUUCAAACGAAAACCCUCUCCCCUGUCAGAUAUUUUUUUCGUUUUACUUUUCUGAUUCGUUCGUUUUGUGCUUGCUAGCCUGAUUGCUUGUGUUUUUGCUGCUGGUCGGUUUGGUCGACUACAACUGGAAGAGCCCCAGUCAAGUCAGUCUAUCGCAUUUCGUUGAGUCGAAAAGACGUCCUCUAUAUUCGAGUUACAGAAACGCGCAAAAUACAUACAAUAAAGUCAGUUUGAAAGGUGUAUAUCUCUCUCUCCUUGGCUUCGCAGUUGUCAUCAUUAUAAACGAUUCGUGGAAAAAUAUUUUAACGAAAUUCAUUUUUAAACGGAACUGAUCGUGAGCGGUGGAAAUUUCUGAGAAUUAAGAUUGUCAAAAGAAAUGACUCAAGGUUCUCAACAUUGGACACAAGAAACAAUUCUUCCAAAUUUUCAAAUUACCGAGUUAAAGAAGUCAUUACUGACUUAUAGUAAUUAUAUAAAUGGGGCACCGUCUUAGUAAAACGACGCUAGCCGAUGGUUCAAACAUUACGGCAGAUAAUAAUGAGAAAAAAUUAAAACGUUCUUCAUUGAAAAAUACUACAAAUGCGAAUAAAUCCAUCUCUAAAAGAGAGUCAUCAUCUAAUAAUACCUCAUCAUUGAAUCUCGAGCCAUCAACAUCAUCUACAGCGGGUCCUACAAUAAAUGUCAUCACUGAUUCACAGACAUUUUGUUUUGAAACUCGCAGUGAUUCAAGUUCCUCGUCAAACGGUCCAAGACAAAUUAUUAUAAAAAUACAACUAGCCAAAAUGGAAGCGGGUGAAAAUGAUUUAACAUCAUCCAGCACAUCAUCCUUAACACCAACAACACUAACACUAGAUGGCAGCACUACAGAAAGUAAUAAUAAUUUGAAUGUUGAACGUUCAAAUAUGACAGUUAAUGCAAUUAGUUUUCAAAGAAAUAUUGCUUGUGAUCAAGGAAAUGAGGUUAAAUUGAAUAAUCUAAAUGGCGGCUCCACAAUGAUGCUAAGAAACAACAAUAGCAACAAUAACAAUAAUAAUACUUUUGUGAGUAAUUUUACGGCUGUGCCGUUCAUUGAAGAUAACAGUGAUGAAUUCAGAAAUGGAACAAAUGUACAGAAUUUAAACAUAAUGGUGCGACAAGUAGGAAACUGUCAAAUUAUUAAUAACAUAAAUGACAGUCGGCAAGGUAGUAGUAGUAAUAAUAAUAAUGAAAGCAAGAGUAAUCGGAGUAGUACGAGUAGCAGUGAAUUCAGUGAUGCCAUGGCAGAUUUAGUUGGAGAAGAAUUUUCAGCGACAGCAACUGAAGCUACCACUUCAACGUCGUGUGGCGAAGAUUGCAAACACCAUUGUUGCCGACGAAAAAAAUCACCAUCACCCUCCGCCUAUCCUUCCAAAUGGAUCUACUGCAAAGGCACAUGUGUGGACGCGCUAAAAAAGUUUCGCCCGAGUUGCAGCAAAAAACAAAAUCAACUUCCAACAAGUACAUCUAGCCAGAGAUCUGGUGAUAUGCAACCGCUGGCGGCUGUAUUACCCAACUCAACUGAGUUGCCUCGUACAUCAAGCAAUCAUUUGGCUCUAUGGUCACCUGGCAAUGAUGUUAUCAUUCCACUGGCAUCACCGCAAAUUGUUGUCGUUCAAUAUCCAACGGCUUCCCAAGUUGUAGCCUUAGCACCUAUUGCUAAUUUGGACCAACACGCAAUUAGACUGAUGACCGGCGAUCUAGCUAUACCAACAACGCCCGAAUCAACAAGUUCAAUGUCAGUCUCGCCUUGUUCGACAGCAUCUUCAGCGGCGACAGUCCCAAAUGGCACAAUUGUCCACUCACAAGUUGAUUACAUGCAUUGGCUAGUGCCAGAUCUGGAAAAAAUCACCAAAUCUACAUACUAUUGGGGUAAAAUGGAUCGCUACGAGGCUGAAAGACUGUUGGAAGGAAAACCAGAAGGAACAUUUUUACUGAGAGACUCAGCACAAGAGGAAUACUUAUUCUCAGUGACGUUUCGAAAAUAUGGACGUUCAUUGCAUGCGCGAAUCGAACAGUUCAAUCAUGAAUUUAGUUUCGAUUGUCAUGAUCCUGGUGUUUAUACAGCCCCAACUGUCACUGGUCUCUUGGAGCACUACAAAGACCCAACAAUUGUAAUGUUCUUUGAACCAAUGCUAACCUUUCCCCUGCAUCGAAAUAAAACAUUCUCACUUCAGCAAUUAUGUCGUGCAACAAUUGUCAGCCAAACAACAUAUGACGGUAUUUCCGAACUCGAAAUUCCUAUCCGACUAAAGUCAUACCUCAAAGAAUACCACUACAAGCAACGCGUGCGCGUUAAGCCUUUCGAUGAAUCCUUUUAUAAUUGUGCCUAGUUAAAAUGGCCGCUAAAGCAAAAUGGGUUGAUUGCAACGCCAACGCAACCUAAUAGAAACAAAGAAAAUACAGCAAAUACCCUUAACAGCAUAUCAAAAUCCAAAAAAACUGCCCCCCGUUUGACAAACGCACUGCGAAACAUGGCCGCCGAUCUGUUUGUGUGCCAUUGCAGUUCGCAGACUUAAAUCUAAGAAUAAAAAAUAGAUCCCCAGUGAUGAAAGUAUUUAUUAAAUUCCAUAAACAAAAAAAAAAAUGCUAUAACAUAACCUUUAAAAGAUUAUAAGAAGAAAAAGAAAACUAGUAGUUUUGUUACUUAUUUAUUUGAAUAAACAUAAAAAACAAAAAUAUUAAACCAAAUCAAACAAACCGCCGUUUUUUCGAAUUAGCGUAGUUUGUAUGCUAGUGAAGAAAAAUGGCGGUUUAGGUCAAAUUAACAAGACAAAAUAACUGUAUUAUAUUUAUAAUUAGUAAUUAAUCCAGGUAAGAUAAAAAUGAGAAUAAAACAAACAAACAAAA